AUGUCGAAAAGGACUUUUAAUGACAUCAUAAUUGUUAAUGAACCUAGCGAUGAUAAUGCAGUUGCGGAGUCAGUAUUAACUAAUAACGAAAAUUUGCACAAAGAAUCCGAAAAGUGUCCUCUUCCUACACUUUCAGUUUCUACUAUGACUUCUACUAAUAAUGAACAAAAGCAUAAGAAAAAAACUCGUGAAGUUCCGUCGCGUUAUAUGCAAUCUAUUUCGGGCAAUUCUAAUGCCUCAUCAAAUAAAAAUCAAGAUAUUAAAAAAAAUGCUAUAUCCAAACCAGCCAUCGAAGGUAGCAGACCCAGCGUCAAACCAAUCAAAACUGUACAGAAACAAUUGGGUAUAUCUCGAACGAUCGCUCAGAAACGUAAAUCCCAAAAAAUUGUUACAAGUUUGAAUAAAAAUCAAGAAACAAUAAACCAGGAUCAAAAUAAGGCUACCUUACAAGAUUGUCAAUCUCCAACUGAGAAUCGUAAUUUAGAUGAUGAAUUGAUAAUGUUAAAUGCACGACUGACGCAAUGGUGUUUAUUAAACGCUAAAGCGGAACAUGCUUUUGAUUAUCAAAAAAGAACUGCAGAGAUUCAAUUAUUGGAUGCAUGGGAAUUGCUUGUAAAGAAACAAGAAGAAUUGUCAAAGGCCA